UUACCAUUUGGUACUUGCAAGGCAGUUGAUAUGUAGAGUUCUAAAAUUCAGGUGGUGGAAAUUCUUGCCCGUAAUUUGGAAAGUGAAUCAAGUUUACGCAGAAGGGUUGACUUGUUUUUCCUCGUGGAUUCUAUUACUCAGUGCUCUCGUGGCUUGAAAGGUGAUGUUGGUGAUAUAUAUCCUUCAGCAAUCCAAGCAGUGCUGCCACGUUUAUUGUUGGCUGCUGUUCCUCCUGGAAAUAAUUCACAAGAAAAUCGUAGGCAGUGCUUGAAGGUUUUGAAGCUCUGGUUGGAAAGAAGGAUCCUUCCGGAUUCCAUUAUUCGUCAUCAUAUUCGAGAGCUCGAAUCUGUCACUGGUUCAUCUUCUUCUGGUGCUUUUGCUCGGCGCCCCAUGAGAACAGAAAGGGCUUUUGAUGAUCCUAUUAGGGAAAUGGAGGGUAUGCUUGUCGAUGAAUAUGGAAGCAAUUCAAGUUUUCAGCUUCCCGGUUUUUGUAUGGGGCCUAUGCUCAAGCAUGAAGAUGAAGGAAGCGAUUCUGAUGGUGGGAGUUUUGAGGCUGUUACUCCUGAACAUAAUUCUGAAACCCCUAAAAAACAGGAAAUAAUCCCAGUAACUGCAACAACUGGAAAACAUAGACAUAUCUUGGAAGAUGUUGAUGGUGAGCUUGAAAUGGAGGAUGUAUCUCCCACUUGUGAAGUUAAUGUGAAUUCCACCUGUAAUGGUGGCAUCGAUACCGCACAGACUAUGCAUCCUCGGUUUGAAAGACAUUUCCCACUUUCCUUUGCCCCACCCUUACCUCAGGACGUGCCACCAUCAUCUCCUCCUCUGCCAACAUCUCCACCACCAUUACCACAAACCGUUCCGCCUCCACCACCUCCUCCUCCUCCUCCGCCUCCGCCUCCACCUCCACCGCCACGUCUUAUGCCUGAUCCUAUUUCGAAUGAUCUUGAUUCGAAGCUCUACGUGGGUACACAUAAUAUCAAAGAAAAUUUGCACCAGCCUAUUAUUCAGCAGCCUGUUGCACCAAGAAUAAACUCAGUAACCUCAGAUGCAGUGUGUUAUCAGGCUCCUGAAUCCCGAGAUGUUAAGAUACAAACGCAGACACCAGAUUCUGCUUCUUUCAACAGUGUUCCUGUGUCCCAUCCACUAAUUCGACCUGUGAAUAGUGCUCAACAGACAGAUGGUGCCACCUUCCACAAUAGGGCCUAUCAUUUGCGUCCUCCUCAACCUGCAUCAUCAAAUCAGUUCUCUUAUGUUCAGGCUGAUCAACGAGUGCAGUCACUGAGGGAGGUGCCUCCCCCUUUGUACCCUAACAGGCCCCAUUUUGUGCAGAGCACGGAUGGUGGAAAUUAUUAUAAUACUGACCACGAUAGAAUGAAGAUGGUCCCACACGAGUUUAGGGAGAGCUGGCAGUUUUCUGGGCCCCCAUUUUCUGAUACAUACUAUCCUCCUGAUCAUGUGAGAGGGUCAUAUCCACCUGCUCCAUAUGCUGGCCCACUGUGUGAACCACCAUUACCAAACCAUGGGUGGGGUUACCCUCCCCGGGCCAUGAACCAUAGAGAACUUGCGCCUCAUAGACCGCCAUCUGAAGGUCCAAUCCCAGUGCCCAUCAGAGCUCCCAACUUUUGGGGACCAAGAUAAAACCGUCAUUAUGGAGCUAGCAGUGCUGGUAUAACCCAUUUUUUAUCUGGGUCCUGCGGCUUGUUCAAAAGUUUGAGAUAAUAUUCAGGUCCAGCUGUUCUUAAAAUUUUGAGGUACAAUCUUCAGAAAGGGUGCAACACCAGUUCCUGAUUGUAUAUAUGCUAAUGUGGAUGGUAAGACAGACGACUCUCUCAGAGAAUGGAGAAAGAUGUGACCACCGAUCUCUAGGCUGUCAACUUUCAUGUAUCAAUUAAUCCCCUCUUUUUCUUUUCUUCUUUUUUAAAUUUCAAGAAAUUAAUCUAGUUUUUUUUUUUAAAGCCCUUUAUAGGAUGUUAUUAUCAUUUUUUUGGGGCUAUUUGUUACGGGUUUUUUUAACUGUCUUGUUGGCAUUUGUAGGGCCCUUAAAUGCUGUAAAAAGUUUCUCAUUUUUGUUUUUGUACAUUUGGAGGAGUAUUUAGCCUGAGCCCUCUACAAAUUGGUAAUUUCAUGGAAGUGUGUGGUAAACAAAGUUCUCUUAAUUCAAAUAAAAAACCUUGUCUAUGUUGGCUAGUUAUGUUUCAA